AUGCCAUUUGGUUGUCUGACACUCGGGGAGAAGAAGGAUUAUAACAAUCCCUCAGAAGUGGCCGACAAGUAUGACCUCGGACAAAUUGUUAAAUCAGAGGAGUUUUGUGAGAUAUUUCGGGCGAAGGAUAGGAACACCUUGAAAAUGUACACCUGUAAAAAGUUCCACAAAAAGGAUGGAAGGAAAGUGAGAAAAGCUGCCAAGAAUGAGAUAAUGAUCCUAAAGAUGGUGAAACAUCAUAACAUCCUCCAGCUGGUUGAUGCUUUUGAAACUAAGAGAGAGUACUUCCUUUUUCUGGAGCUUGCUACAGGCAGAGAGGUCUUUGACUGGAUCUUAGAUCAAGGCUACUACUCUGAAAGGGACACCAGCAAUGUUAUGAGGCAGGUGUUGGAGGCUGUAGCUUACCUGCACUCUCUUAAAAUCGUCCACAGAAAUCUUAAGCUGGAGAACUUGGUGUACUUUAAUCGUUUGAAACACUCCAAAAUUGUUAUCAGUGAUUUCCAGUUGGCAAAACUGGAAAAUGGACUCAUUAAAGAUCCAUGUGGGACUCCAGAAUAUCUUGCCCCUGAGGUAGUUGGGAGGCAGAGAUAUGGAAGACCUGUGGAUUGUUGGGCAAUAGGAGUCAUCAUGUAUAUACUUUUGUCUGGGAACCCUCCUUUCUAUGAUGAUGCCGAUGAAGAUGAUGCUGAUCAUCGUGAUAAAAACCUUUUCCUUAAGAUUUUGUCAGGGGACUAUGAAUUUGACUCACCAUACUGGGAUGAUAUUUCAGAUUCUGCCAAAAACUUAGUGGCAACUUUACUGGGAGUGGACCAAGAUCAGCGAUUGACUGCACAAGAAGCAAUUGCCCAUGAAUGGAUUUCUGGAAAUGCUGCUUCAGACAAGAACAUCAAGGAUGGAGUUUGUGCUCAAAUAGAAAAGAACUUUGCCAAAGCCAAGUGGAAGAAAGCUGUUAGAGUGACCACACUCAUGAAGAGACUUCGAGCAUCUGAGCAGGGAGAUGCUGGGGGCUCCGGUCUUAGUGCAGGGGCUAGUGUUGACCCCAACACACCCAGUGGAGGUCCUGCUCCUCCAGCUGGCAGCAGCAACAGUGUUGGUGCCUGCAUAAAGGCUGCUCUAAGUGAAAAGGCUUCUGACACACAGACUACCACCAUCUCUGCACUCCCUCUACCCAGUGCUGCCAGACAGGACGAGCAGCCACAGGCACGGUGCAAUGGCGAUGUUCUCCAAAUGUUGCCGCAAAGAAAGGGAGACUAG